ACACAGAAGUACUAUCAAUUAGACGUGAUUCAUCUGGCAUCAAAGUUAAACUUCAAACUGUGAAUGGCGAAGUAGAAGGCAGAGAUUUUGAUAAAAUCAUCAUCUCUGGUGCUUUUCCCUUUAACAGUGGGAAGACAUAUAGAUCACCUUCCAUGAAUGCAGAAGGUACUGUGAGCGACUGUAUUGACACAAGUGAGCUAGAAAAGGAGUUGUUCAGUAAAGUACAAACUAUUGACUACUACACCACUGUCUUGAAGAUAAAGGGAUUGGAGCACAUUCCAAAGGGUUUCUACUACUUUGAUGAGUUUAUGGAUGAUCCUGCAACUAUAGGAAAUCCUGUUGCAAUGCAAAGAUUUUAUGGGGAUACAAAUAUCUUCCUGUUCUGGUCUUAUGGGAACUCUGCUGAUAUACAGGGAACUGAAGUUACCAAGCUUGCCAUGGCUGCAGCUAAAAGAAUGGGAGGUGAGAUGGAGAGUGUGGUAUUACAACGAAAAUUCAAGUACUUUCCUCAUGUGAACAGUCAAGACAUGAAGGACGGGUUCUAUGACAAGCUGGAGUUUCUACUGCAGGGUCAACAGAACACUUACUAUGUUGGUGGGCUAAUGGCAUUUGAGCUGACUGAGAGGAACUCUAGAUAUGCCUUGGAGCUAGUUCGGAAGCAUUUCUCAAGUUAUAAUCCCGAACCAAGCUACCCAUAUGUAAAGAGACUAAUGACAGUGAAACCAAAUUGCAGAGGCUUAGUUUCCAAGCAAUUGAAUGAAUCACCAGGGGUCCAGUUUCCAGAUCUUUCCUCACUUGAUGCAUACUUGAGAUAUUGGGGUACUCAUAUUGUCACCCAGAGCAGGACGCUAUAUACAUGGAUCAAUGAGAAGGGACAUGUUGUAGCACAGAGAACAUAUAAACAACUUCAUUUUAAUGCUUCCGAGAUCUGCGAAAAACUUUUGACAUGUCAUAACCCAACCAUCAAGACUGGUGAUAGGGUUCUCUUGGUCUAUAUCCCAGGUCUAGAUUUCAUUGAUGCCUUCUUCGGGUGUCUGAGAGCUGGUGUUGUACCAGUGCCUGCAGUUCCACCAGAUCCAGCUCAAAGGGGUGGACAAGCUUUGCUUCAUGUGUCUAACAUUGCCAAAGCAUGCAAUGCAGUAGCAAUUCUAUCAACUGUUAGCUAUCACAUAACAGUUAAGGCAGCUUCUGCCAGAAACAUGUUAGCUCUUAAAGGAAACAGCAAACACUCCCCCUGUUGGCCUGAUUUGCCAUGGUUGCAUACAGAUUCUUGGGUGAAAAAAGCCAAAAUCUCCAUAUCCCGCAGUCACACAGCAGAGAGGUAUGAACCUUCGGCACAUGAUUUAUGCUUUCUUCAGUUCACAUCAGGUUCAACCGGUGACCCCAAAGGUGUCAUGAUAACUCAUGGUGGGCUUAUUCACAAUGUAAAAAUGAUGAGGAGAAAAUACAAGAGCACAUCAAAGACAGUACUAGUUAGUUGGCUGCCUCAGUAUCAUGACAUGGGACUCAUUGGGGGACUUUUCACUAGUAUGGUAAGUGGAGGGUCUGCAAUUUUGUUUUCUCCACUGACAUUUAUCAGGAAUCCCCUCUUAUGGUUGCAAACUAUAAGCACAUAUCGUGCUACUCAUAGCGCUGGACCCAAUUUUGCUUUCGAACUCCUUAAUCGUAGGUUAGAGACCAACAAAGGACAAAAUUUUGAUUUGUCCUCCAUGGUUUUUCUCAUGGUUGCGGCUGAACCAAUCAGGGCAACAACCAUGAGAAAGUUUCUUGAUUUGACUCAACCUUUUGGACUCUCUCAAGAGGUUAUGGCUCCGGGUUAUGGAUUAGCAGAGAACUGUGUUUAUGUAUGUAGUGCAUAUGGCAAGGGUAAAGAGAUAUUGGUUGAUUGGCAAGAUAGGGUGUGUUGUGGCUAUAUUAAUCAAGAUGAUGAUGCUGAUGUCCAUAUCAAAAUAGUUGAUCUGGAAACUGGCACAGAACAUGAAAACUUUGGAAAAGAAGGCGAGCUAUGGAUUAGUAGCCCAAGUGCUGGAGUUGGGUACUGGGACAAGGAGGACUUGAGCCAAAAGACAUUCAGAAAUGAGCUAAAUAGCCAACCUGGAAAGAAGUACAUACGAACGGGAGACCUGGGGCGAAUUAUUGAUGGAAAAUUAUUCAUUACUGGUCGAAUAAAAGAUCUCAUAAUUGUUGCAGGGAGGAAUAUAUAUUCCUCGGAUGUUGAGAAAACAGUUGAGAACUCAUGCCAACUCAUACGUCCUGGCUGUUGUGCUGCAAUUGGUGUUCCUAAGGAGAUACUUCUGUCAAAAGGGAUACCAAUUUCUGAAGUUUCUGAUCAAGUUGGGUUGGUGGUAAUUGCAGAGGUUCGAGAAGUUAAAUCUGUUCUGGAGGAAGCUCUCAGACAGAUCCAGACCUGCGUUGCAGAAGAACAUGGAGUAAUGGUUGCUACCAUUGUUCUGAUAAAACCAAAAACCAUUAGUAAGACAACAUCAGGAAAAAUCAAGAGGUUUGAAUGUAAUAGAAAGUUUGUUGAUGGAACGCUGGAUAUUGUUUAUCAGCUAGGUACCGGUGAAAAAUUGCUGAUCCAGACUAAGCAGAAUGAGUCAGAACCCCAAGGCAUGAGAGCUAACCCUCCAACACAUUCCAGUAUAACUAGGAGAGACAUAAUUAAGUUUUUGAUGGAGCUGCUCUCUCAAAUGACUGGAGUUUCUAUUGCCAAUAUCUCCAUCACUGAAAGUCUUGUAUCUUAUGGGGUCGAUUCUAUUGGUGUGGUCCGAGCCGCUCAAAAACUUUCAGAUUUUCUUGGGGUUCCUGUUGGUGCCAUUGAUAUUUUUACAGCAACCUGCAUUGAUGACUUAGCAAAUUUUUCAGACAGUCUGUUAAAGAAAUCUCGCCCUCAAGCAGCCCCUGGUUUGCCAAAUUCUACAAAGAAAAACUCAAAAGCAACAGCAAUGGUUCUUGAGGCUUCUUCAUCUCAUAAGCUGAGCAUUUGGUUAUUGCAACUUGUGGCACUUGCUUAUGUUUGCUUCUUGUUGAUGUUCCCUGCAUAUCUCUCAGUUUCCACAUUUACAUAUUGGACAUCUACUGGCCAUGCAGUGCAGAGAGGUACAUGGUUCGGCUACUUGAUUAUACUGGUGUGUGCCCCGCUUUCUUGGAUGUUAUGUAUUUUCUCCACUUGCAUUUGCAUAGCUUUCUUGGGCACUCCAUUUCUGCAGCCAAACUACGCAUUGGAUCCAGAGGUUUCAAUUUGGUCUGCUGAAUUCAUCAAAUGGUGGACACUUUACAAGGCUCAAGAGAUUUCUUCAAGAGUUCUAGCAGUUCAUCUGAGAGGCACUGUGUUCAUCAACUACUGGUUCAGGAUGCUAGGAGCUAAGAUUGCAUCCUCUGCAUUACUCGACACUGUUGACAUCACUGAUCCAUUUUUAGUUUCAAUUGGUGAAGAUGCAGUACUUGCAGAAGGAGCAUUGCUUCAAAGCCAUGAAUUGAAAAAUGGAAUUUUGAGUUUCUCCCCCAUCAGAAUCGGCCGAAGAUCUUCCGUGGGACCAUAUGCUCUGCUUCAGAGAGGCACAGUGGUGGAAGAUGGAGAUGAAGUACUUGCACUCACUUCUGGUGGAGAAGGAAAAAGUGAGGCAAUGACAAAUGCCGAUAACAUGCAAAAGGGUAAAAUGGGAUGGCAAAUUAUCAACAAAAACUGUGAGAAUUAUGCACCCAUCAGACACUUAAUUUGCAUCUAUGCAAUAGGUUGUCUUGGCAGCUUAUCGGCAGCUAUGUCUUAUUUUAUCUACCUCUGGCUACUGCAAAAGCCUCCCACCAUGCAGCACUUUGCAUUUAUUAGCAUAUCUGGAGCCUUUCAUUGGUUCCCUCACACCAUUGUUGCCUACACAGUAAUAUUUAAUACCAUCCCCUCAAGCCCAAUCAGCUUUGCAAUCUCGAUAGCCAUGGCUUACACCACUUACGGCAUUAUUCUCUGUUGUUACACCUGCUUACUGAAAUCCUAUAUAGUAAGAAAUGAAGAUAUGUCUAGAACACCUGUCAAAACUUGGUUCCUCCACAGGAUUGUCACUGCUUGUCACAUAAGAUUUGCUCGCUUUCUUUCUGGAACAGAAGCUUUCUGUUUGUAUUUACGCCAUCUUGGAGCCAAAAUUGGGGAACAUUGUUCUAUCAGAGCCAUCAAUCCUGUGUCAGACCCAGAACUCAUUUCACUAGCUGAUGGGGUACAUUUAGGGGAUUUCAGCCGCAUCAUUCCUGGCUAUUACAACUCAAGUGGCUACCUCUCAGGGGGAAUCGAGAUACAAGACAACUCAGUAGUAGGGAGUCAAAGUCUAGUCCUCCCUGGUUCUGUCAUUGAGAAAGAUGUUAUUCUUGGGGCACUUUCAGUUGCUCCUGCAAACAGAGUUCUCCAAAGUGGUGGUGUUUUUGUUGGCUCUCCAACCCCAGUCAUGGUUAAGAACACUGUCCAAUCUUUUGAUGAUAGGAUAGAGGAGAUGGACAUGAAAUAUAGGAAAGUGCUGGGAAAUCUUGCAGCAAAUUUCGCAGGCUCAACACUCAAGGUAAAGUCAAGAUACUUCCACCGGAUUGGUGCUGCUGGUAAGGGAAGUCUAAGGCUUUAUGAUCACAUACCAGGUCUUCCAGAUCAUACAAUCUUCUCUCCUGGGAAGACUUACACCAUCAUCAUGCGCCAUAGUAAUUGUUUAAGCUCAGAUGAUGAUGCACGACUGGACCCACGUGGUGCAGCAAUAAGAAUCUUCUCAAACAUCACUGCUGAAAGAUCUCCACUGCUUGAUUUGACCUUGAAGACUGGUAAUGCUUUUCAUGCUCGAACGAUAGGUGACUUUGCCACAUGGCUUGUCUGUGGAGCUGCAGCACGAGAAGAACAUGUGAAGCAUGCUCCACACAUUCGUGAUGCAAUGUGGGGCUCCUUAAGGCGGGCAGACUCUUACACCGAGCUUCACUAUUACUCAAAUAUUUGCAGGCUGUUCAGAUUCAAAGAUGGACAAGAAAUGUAUGUCAAAUUCAAGUUAAGGCCCUUUGAUAAGAAGUUUGGGGAGGACAAUGGCAAGGUAGAGCCAAUGGGUAUACUUCCGCCAGAAACAGGUGCAAUCCCAAGAGAUGAGAGUGACAAGCGUCCUCUACUUUUCCUCUCUGAUGAUUUCCAAAGGCGAGUGAAUUCUCCGGACAGAGUUCGCUAUGUCCUUCAGCUGCAAAUGCGAUCAGUCCCAGAUGACGAAAUACCACGCGAAAUUGCACUUGACUGUACCAAGCCAUGGGAUGAAGGAGAGUUUCCACACUUUGACGUGGGGGAGAUCACAAUUGAUCAAGUGCUCACCAAAGAGGAAUCAGAAGGUCUGGAGUUCAACCCAUUUCUCAGAUGCGCGGAAGUGGAUGUCAUCAGGGCUUCAUCAUGUAAUCAGAGUGCAUCAAUGGAUCACGGCCGUUCAGUAGUGUAUGCAAUAUGCCAACAUCUACGAAACAAAAAGCCACUUCCUGAGGCAUGGAGGACUUUCUUGGACCAGUCUGAUGUCACAGUUGAUCUUUCAGGCUGUCCAAUGGCAGCAACACUGGAGAAAAAUGUUUCCAAAGAAGUGACACUGGCGCGGCCUUGGUAUGUAACCUUGUGGCUGAUUUCUGCUCAACCAUUUCUGCAGAUUUUUCUGCCUUAUUUUCUGAUUGGAGUGGUAAUCUUUGCUCCGAUGAACUUCAUCUUCUACCUGAAUAAGAUCCACAAAACACAGAUGCAUUUCUUGCUGCCUUUCUUUUGGCUUUUCUCAGGCAUCUUAGCAGGGCUUCUUUGUGUCUUGAGUAAAUGGAUUCUGGUAGGUAAGAGGAAAGAAGGAAAGAUCGAGCCGAUCUGGAGUGCAAGGAUAUUCACGGACACUACUUGGCAGGCUAUACGGACACUGGUUGGAGAAUAUUUCAUGGAAAUGGCAAGUGGAUCAUUUCUCUUUAACGUAUGGAUGAAGCUCAUGGGAUCAGAAAUUGCCUGGGACAGAGGUGUUUAUGUGGACAGCAUGGGGGCUGUGUUAAACCCUGAAUUAGUAGAAUUAGAAGAGUACGGAUCUGUAGGGAGGGAAGCUUUGCUCUUUGGACACAUAUAUGAGGGUGAGGGGGGGCAAGUUAAGUAUGGAAAGAUUGUUGUCAGAAAAGGUGGAUUCGUGGGAAGCAGAGCUGUCGCCAUGCCUGGUGUGACUGUAGGGACUGAAGGUAGCCUAGGUGCUCUGUCCCUAGCAAUGAAGGAAGAGUUUGUCAACUAAAUUGUUCCUAUAGGAUUAUGAAUUAGUAAGUCUUUCAAGCUUUCAGUAGACAAUAAAAGAUGGAACCUAUCUUUAUAGUUGGUUUUCAGUAGCAUAUUUGCUGCUUUCCAUGAUAAGCUAAGAACCCAUAUUUUUCUCAGAAUAACCACAAGAAAAAGGCUGGAAGUGUAUAUUCCACUGGCAUUACAUGAUUACACAAUCCAUAAUCUGGAAACAGGAAUACUGCAAAACUAAUAAACCAAGAGUAUAAAAAAUAUCACAUCAAUACAUUUGUUGGAACUCUGGUUUAAGUUAGUAACAGGAUCAUCCCCAUACUGGUAACUUGUUAGUACAUAUAUCCAUCAGCGGGCCAUUUCAC